AUGGUUGUUGUGGGUCGCUCCAGAGGGAGUAGAUCUGCACCAGCGAGUGUAUGGCCUCAUCGAAACGAAAAGGUUUCGUCUUUGCUUGAGAUGACUCACUCUGCCACACAGAAGAAGAAGACGAAGAGCAGUGGCAUAUGUUGGAAGCAUGAAAAGACGAAACGCCGCCGCCUGAACAAUUUCCCGCCGUUAGGGCUAACGUUGGCAGUAAACUGUUGGAGGAACGGAGACGAAGGGAAGGAGAACAAGAGAGGAAUCGAGAAACCGGAGUGCUCGAGGAAUUGCAGAACCUGGCCACUCUAG